AUGCAGGGCGCAAUUGAAGGAGAGAGCCGUGGUAACUACUUGCUCACCGUGCUUUCCAACCCCGAUGAUGCCGUGUCGACCAUUUUGAACCCGACGGAAGACUACAAGACAAGUGUGCUGAGUGGACUCGAUCCUAACACGAUCAUGGAAUGCGCUGGGCGAGCAUUGGGCUUUUGGGCUUACCAAAGUACACAAGAGAUAUUCUACCAAGAAUACCUUGGGAAGAGCCUCACCGAAAAGUAUGCCGGCCUGAGCACACAGAUGGACAAGGUCAUCCACAAUGCAAAUUCAGAGAUCUCAACCUUGCAUAGCAAAGUCUCAGACCUGCAAGCAGCACAAGAACAACUGCAGAAAAAGAAUCAAGAACUUGUCGAUCUCUACCGCGAGAAGUCCAAGAAGCUCGCGCAGAUGACAAACCUGUACAACUUGCUCAAAGCCCGUGCAAUGAAAUCUCGAAUGGAGACUGCAGCCUCCGAGAACGUCUCUCAAACCUUGAAUACCCUCUCAUCCCGCACUGGUCCCACCAUGCCCCUAGCCCAACCCCACCCAGCCCAACCCAGAACGUCAAUGCCGAAUAUUCAAAAGGCACGAACUCCCAAAACACCUUCGUUCCCUUUCAGCCCUGAAGGCGUGGAGCAAUUGCACCGUUACCAGCGCAGUGGGACUGGUAGCUCGAGAAUGUCGAGACCGCAGAUGGGAGGCAACCCAGCGAUGCCACCUCCAACGGGCCAUGCAGUUUUUAAUAUUCGAACUGCGCAAACUGGUGUGACAAACCAGCAGCACCGCACUCGUCUUCCACACUCGCAUCGUCCUCCGACGGUAACCUCUCAACUUCCCCCCGAAGAUGAGAUCCUUGCGCGGUUUGGAAAACAAUAG